AGGAAGAGAGAUGGUAUGAAAGUGCAGUUCGUGUGUAGCUGUCUGCCAGACUCUAAACUUCAGGCGUUAGUGACACAUCUAAUGCAGCAUUUAAUAGGUUUACACUUCGAAUAAGUGUCAUUAUUGAAUGGGCGGAAGUGUCUACAAUUAUAGUUUAUGGAACUUGUUGCUGAAAGCUCAACUUUGUAACACAAGGCAACCUGCCCGGAUCUGUAGGCUACAAAGUAGGCUAGACCUAUGACAACUUGCGACCUAUUGCUAGUUAGCCUGUUAGCGAACAAUUAAAAAUCAACCUUAAGAUAUUAAAGCAAUUUUAAAAGUUUACAGUAGCGUUCUUUGGAUACAUUUUCCUCAUUGAGGCUAGAAGAAGUAAUGGCACACUGCCUGAACAGCGCACUCCACCCCUGCCUUCAUAUGUAAAGAGAAGGAGAGGAGGCAUCCAUAGCCUGCAUGUAAACAGGCUUCCCCAGGGCUGGAUGGAGCACCAAGACAUGUAGGAUAAAUGGACUUAUUUAUCCCCACUGUUGACAUCACUGCAGGGUGGUCCCUUCCCAACGCCCAGUGAACUGUGGAUGUGUAAACAGUUGGCCUGGCCUGACGUUAGUGAAAUGUCUGCCUCAUCCGCUGCCUGUUCCAGCUGAUGCAAUGACAGUAAUGGCUCCGGAGAGUGUUUAGUCUGAGGUCGGGCUGGCUGAGAUGGAGCUGCUGCUGGAAGUGCUGAGUGGGACCCAUUUAACCCCAGACUCUUUUCUGCCCCAGACUGAUUUUACCCCAGAGUCGUUUUUACCCCAGACUCUUUUCUACCCCACACUGAUUUUACCCCAGACUCUUUUCUGCCCCAGACUGAUUUUACCCCAGAGUCGUUUUUACCCCAGACUGAUUUUACCCCAGACUCUUUUCUGCCCCAGACUGAUUUUACCCCAGAGUCGUUUUUACCCCAGACUGAUUUUACCCCAGACUCUUUUCUGCCCCAGACUGAUUUUACCCCAGAGUCGUUUUUACCCCAGACUGAUUUUACCCCAGACUCUUUUCUGCCCCAGACUGAUUUUACCCCAGAGUCGUUUUUACCCCAGACUCUUUUCUGCCCCAGACUGAUUUUACCCCAGACUCUUUUCUGCCCCAGACUGAUUUUACCCCAGAGUCGUUUUUACCCCAGACUCUUUUCUGCCCCAGACUGAUUUUACCCCAGAGUCGUUUUUCUGUGAGUAGCAUGUGGGCCUCGUGCUGUAACUGGCUCUGUCUGGACUCGGCCCCGGGGGAGGAGAGUGGUGGCAGCACGCGGCACCAGGCCUACACCAACUCCGGCUACAGCAGCUACCCCUCACCUACCGCCGUGGAGCACACCUGCAAGGCCUGCGGCGGCCGCUUUGACACGCUGGCCAGGAAGCACGUGUGUGUGGACUGCAAGAAGAACUUCUGCGGUCGCUGCUCUGCCCAGCUGGCGCCGCGUCCGCGUCUGUGCCACACGUGCCAGCGGCUGUGCGCCACCCUCUUCCAGCGGCCCGAGCUCAUGAAGCUGAAGGUGAAGGACCUGCGCGACUACCUGCACCUGCACGAGGUGCCCACGCAGACGUGCCGCGAGAAGGAGGAGCUGGUGGACCUGGUGCUCGGCCAACAGCAGCCCACGCCCCCAGGCGGCAUCGCCAACGGCAACAACACGCGGGCGAUGCCGCUGCCCACUCAGCAGCCUCCGCUGCCCACUCAGCCGCCGAUGCCACACACACACGCCCGCGCGCCGAGCGCCACUCACACACACCACCACCACCACCACCAGCACCACCACCACCACCAGGGGCCUCAGCAGAACGGACAGUCGGCACCGUCAGCGGAACCGGUUCCCGCGGGCGCAACGGUGACCCAGCCACAGAUGGAACCCCUUAGGCCUCCGACGCCGCUCCAGGACGACUCACAGAGCCCGUCUGUGCCAGUGUCCUCUAGGAGGACCGGCCCGUCUGUGCCAGUAUCCUCUAGGCCGGAGGAUGCGGCAGACGCGGAGCUGCAGGGAGAGCAGGAGUCGCAGUCGUCUGACACAGAGGAGGUGCUGGUCCCUGGGCGCCGGGCGUCCCUGUCGGACCUGUCGUCGGUGGAGGACAUCGACGCCCUGAGCGUCCGGCAGCUGAAGGAGAUUCUGGCCAGGAACUUUGUGGACUACAAGGGCUGCUGCGAGAAGUGGGAGCUGAUGGAACGGGUCACCCGCCUCUACCACGACCAAAAGGAUCUCCAGAACCUGGUUUCAAAUACCUCUGACGGUACAGAUGUGACGUCGGGCCCGGUCAUCGAGGAGAACCUGUGCAAGAUCUGCAUGGACUCGCCCAUAGACUGCGUGCUGCUGGAGUGCGGCCACAUGGUCACCUGCACCAAGUGUGGCAAGCGCAUGAGCGAGUGUCCAAUCUGCAGACAGUACGUGGUCCGCGCUGUCCACGUUUUCAGGUCCUGAAGCCCACAUUCCUCACACACACACACACACACACACACACAGCCCUGUGUGCCUUAUUUUUUACACAUACACACAUGUGCUCUCAUGCAAAUGCACACAAACUCAUCCAAACACCCAUAAACUGAAUGCUGACCUUUGGUGCGGUCCAGAUUUCUUUACCCCCGGCGAUGGAACAAGGUGGUCCCCCCCCCCUCUUCUGCUAAUGUCUAUUAAAAGAGAUUGUUUGCACUUCAUGCAGACAGCCUGCUCUGUUCAGGAACUAGAUAAUGACACUUUUAUUACUGGACUUUGGGGCCAUCAAAGCCAUGAAUGAUUCUAAAGGUGCUGUGGCUGCUCAGCGCUGGGAUGACCGACUUCAGCUGAAUGCCGCCAGAGCAUGGAUGGGUCAGAUGCAUUCAACCCCACACCCCUACCCCCCCCUCACAGUGACAGAGUGCCUGGGGACUCAACCAGGAAGAGGAAGUGUGUCUGCGUGAGUUACGCAGGCAGGGGGAACGGGGAGGGGGAGGGGCUCCGGUGCGGACUCCAAGUGGGAACAUGGCCGGCUCACUUGUUUCUAGAACAAUGCAGAGCAACAGCUGACCUGUACCUGCAGCUCCCGCUCACAGCGAUCACGUGGACGGUCGUCAAGAAUGACUGGAAUGACCAUUUGUGCCUGGUGUGUGUGUUGUUUGUCUGUUGUGCCUGGUGUGUGUGUUGUUUGUCUGUUGUGCCUGGUGUGUGUGU